GAACCGCCAAUCGAUGUACCAGUGUAUAAAAGCCACACUUCAACUUCCGUGCGAAGAACGGACCGUUACGGUUGCCAGUUUGGUGUGUGGUUUGGUGUUACCUGUGCAAAGAUGACGUUACGGCUCGCUGGGGUGUUCUGUCUGCUAAUAGCCAGUUGCUUGGCGGCUCUGCCCAGAAGAAACGAGGCUCGCAUCGUUGGUGGCAGUGAUACGUCGAUCGAGAACCAUCCCUACCUGGUGUCGCUCCGACGACUUCACAAGCACAGUUGCGGUGGUGCCAUCCUAAACACCAACACCAUUCUAACGGCGGCACACUGUGUCUUUUACUCGGAACUUGUACCGUCAGACUUUGAGGUGCGCGUUGGAUCAACGCUCCGCAACGAAGGUGGUCAACUGAGUGCCGUAUCCGAGAUUCACAUACAUCCGGACUAUAACGAUUGGACGUUGGAAUGGGAUAUUGCCGUCCUGAAGCUAGUCAGUCCGCUGCAACUGAGUGCCACCGUUCAACCGAUCAAUUUACCGGAACGUAGCUUUACCAUCGCCGAUGGCACUGGUGUGUCCAUAGCUGGAUGGGGUGCCCUAUACUACCAAGGACCGUCCACUAACCAUCUGCAACAUGUGAUGCUACCUAUCAUAAGCAACAGUCGAUGCGGUAUGGCCUAUCAGAACUUUGCCCCGAUCUUACCGUUCCAUAUUUGCGCCGGUCAGAAGGGUAAGGAUGCAUGCCAGGGUGAUUCGGGUGGACCGUUAGUUUACCAGAACCAGGUCAUCGGAAUCGUCUCAUGGGGAUACGGUUGUGCGUUUGAGAACUACCCAUCAGUUUACACUCGAGUGUCUGAGUUCCUGGACUACAUCACGGAACGUCUUUAAAAACGAAACCGAUUACAAGCGGGACGCGUAAUAGUUAUACAACUAUACCCGAUUAUCAUUUGACACGAGUGCGUAAAGAAGUUAUCUUACUGUACGCUCCAUUUAUUGUUACCAAAUAGUGCUACUGUGUGUCUUUCUUACGAACAUUAAAACUUCCUUAAUUCAACAAUUCA